AAGUUUGUGUUAAACAACAAAAAGUUUUACUAUAAAAGCCUUCAUACUACACCAAUCAACGACUUUCUUCAAAGUAAUUCUUCAAUCGACGUUCUCUACAAGCAACAACAAGUCGUCAUGCUCUUCUGGUUUGACAACGGACCUGGAACGAGAAAGGCUUCGACAACUCUGCGCUCGGCUACCACCAUCUUGCCAACGCUCUUCGCUUGGACUCUCUUCGUUCUUAUGCUGCUUGGACAGGUCAACUGUGAGUACAAUGGCCCUAUCGGAUUCUACGACCACACUCUUGAAAACGGUCAAGUCACGCUCGCUGCUCACUCCAUUACUGUCAACAGAGACAACAUCGAAAAGUACACGGAGCGCGAAGGAUCCUGUGAGGCUAGAAUCAAUAACUUGGGAAAUAUCGAGGUCUACUACAGGGGAAAUGACGCAGGCAAGAACGAGAACACAAAGAAAAAUGGUUGCACUGUGGACUUGCUCACCAAACAUAAGAACAUGAUCAAGUUCAGAGCUGGAGUGAAAGACAAAGGACCAAUUGUCCAGUGCGCGACAGAUUGUGAUCCAGCAAAGACAUUUAUUGACGGCAUUAUAGAUAAUCUCAUUCCCUUCGCUUACAGCUACCAUACAACUAAGGAAAACAUUGCCAAGUUUAAGGGGGGUCAGAAAGAAGAAGAUAAUGCAGAGAUUUGUAGAAAUCCUAAAUCUGGGGAUUGUAAACAUGAUGGUAGAUACAGGUGUAUGCGUUGGGCACCUCUUACUGUUGGUUGGAACGAUUGUACUGAAAGAAAUUCUGGAAAAUCUGGAGUCUAUGCUCAUACUGCUUUGUUUGGAAUCGAUUCUUGGCAUAUAUUACAAGAAGGCCGCGACUUCAUGAGAUUUAGACUGGAGAUAACAGGGGCAGGCGGACUAGAAAUGAGUUUGUACGGAGAAAGGAUGGGAGGAGUAACGUUUAAUCCUAAUGAACGGAUUGGUAAUCCCUGGUUUGGAUCGAGGGAACUACGACCACAUUUCCAUUGCCUUGCCAGAGGAGAAGGCAUUGCCAGACCUGAGACUUGGAAAAUCGCCGGGCCAAAUCCAGCUUCCGAUCCGGCAUAUAGAUAUCUACUUACCUUCUACUUGCUUCCACAAGUCUCUGCACGGAUCGAGAAAUAUAGCGAAACCAAGGGUCCAAAAUGUGAGCAACUCUUCAUUGAAUUUGUAAGGAGUUUUAAUUUAUUUGUGAGAGAAGGCAUUGCCAAACCUAAGACUUGGUAA